AGCGGCGGGGAAGGACGUAGAGAAAGAGAGGAAGAAGAAGAAGAGAGGGAGGCAGUGUCCGUGUGGAGGAAGAGAAGGAAAAGAGAGGAGGAGGAGGAGGAGGAGGAAGAGUCGGGUAAAACCCAGCAGACAGACGGACGACGGAACCGAAAAGAAAGAAAAGAAACGUGGGAUAACGAGUGAACUGCGCGCGCGACACCCUGAGGAAUAUUUCCGCUUGUGGAGGAAUAUUUUUGUGAAAAAUUUGUUUUUCAUUUUCAGGCUGAAUUUUUCUGGAUUUGAUCCCGCUGCUGCCGCUGCUUCCUGCCGGGACUUCGCGGAGGGAAAACACACACACACACACACACACACACACAGAGUUCAGCCCGGUACAGGAGAGAGCGCGCGUAUGUGCGCGUGAUCGUGCAUGCGUGUCCAGGUGUGUGUGUGUGUGUGUGUGUGUCCUCUGGCUGCUUUAAUUCAUCGCUGUUGUUUUUAAAUUGGAUGUUUUUCAAACGGAGUUCUGCUCGGCUCCGGACACCUCGUGUUUGUCUUACCUGUGCGCGUUCAGCGCGUCGCCCUCACGCCAGACAUAAUUCAUGAAACACCUUUAUUUUUAUUUAUUUUGCAGUGUGGGUGUUUUUUCCCCGUCCGUGCGCGUGUGUUGCGGCCGUGCACGUGCGCGUCCACGGCCCGUCCUGCAUCAGCACGCGGCAGAUCAAUGAGGAUGAAUUUGUUUACUUGAGCACGAGAGGGGAUUUAAAAACUCCGCUUGUUUUUACCGAAUGGAUUUUAAGCAAAUGAAAUAAAACGGAAACAUUAAAAACUGGACUUCAGGGAAGAAGAAGAAGAAGAAGAAGAAGAAGAAGAAACGACAUGGCGGACUGAGCGGCGUCCUCGGGGCACACGGGCUCGUCUGAAGCACAAACCAGGAGGCUGCACAUGCACAGCAUGGUGAGGUGAAAGGUGGAUGCCAGCACAUCUUACAGGAUGAACCCGCUAGCUGCCCUCAGCAUCGACCGCAACACUCUGGUGGGGGAAAACUACCGCCCCCACGGAGGAAUUUUCUAUCCAGGCAUCCAUCCUCUCUCUGGUGAGAAGUCUCAGGAGGCUGGCACUUCGCUUCCUCUUGGCUAUCAGCUCCUUUAUAAACCAGAUGCAGCCCUGAUGGACAGACAGAAAUCCCCAAAUGUAUAUGCUGGACUUUAUAAGAGUCCACCACCUGGGUUGCAGAAACCCUUAGUUGUCCCUGCUGGAGGUGAUGGCCUAGGACUGGACCGCAGAGUUCUGUCUAGUGAUAAGCAGUGUGAGCUGGGCCUGAAUGGUGCUGGCAGCUUCCUGAGAUUGCCCUGGAUCAGCCCUUAUGCUGAUGCAACAAUGUACCCCUUCCUGGACAUGGCAUACAAGGCGUCUUUCUUGUCCCAGCCAUCGCCUCUCAUCCACCAACAGCUGGCAUAUCAGUCUCUCUGUGCUGUUGGGGCAGGAAGCAGCACAUCUGGAGAAGACAGACUUUUCUAUCUGCCUCAUUAUGCCCCGGCUCAUAUCUCAUCCCCACUGGGCCCCGCAAUAAGGAUCCAUGCAGCCUCUCCAACUCCUGCGGGUCUUUCCCCCCUCUCCCACUGCCAGGACAAGGCCUUACAGGGUCUUGAUCCUCAGGUACACCAGGAACGCUCUGCCUUCAGCACCAGUCCACAGAUACACCAGGACCCCCAGCCUCAGUCUGCUCACCAUACCGAGCGACAACAUGGCAGCAGUGGCACAAAAUCCAGUCAGCCCACUUCCACCGGCAACACUCUGAGCAGCAAAAGUGAUGGAAGCAGCGUUGCCCCUAUUAACAGUUCAGCUAGCACUGGUGACGUAGAGUCACCCCCACUCACCCGUUCACCAUGCUCAGUUCCCCCUCCCCAGUCUCUCAGCAACACCACUACAAACCUCCAGAAGUCACUUUACAGAAGUUCCUCCUCAUCUUCAACCUCACUAUCAGUCUCUCACCCCUUUUACAUGGGCAGCCUGAGCUCUGAGCACGACUCUCCAAUGCAGUCAGGCAGCAGCAAAACCAAAGAUGCCAGCUCAGACUGCUGCAGUGCAAAGAAGUGUAUAUCACCCACAGAGACAUCACUGGACAGACCAGUAUCCCAGAAGCCUGCCAAAAAUCCGGGGGAAAAACCUUUGGAUCUGUCUGCCAAAGAGUUGGAAGGAUUCUCAAAUGGAUUCCCCCCAAAAUUAGAGGCCCUGGCCAAGUUAGGGUAUUUACCAACAUCUCCUUACGGGCUGUUAGCCAGUCGGGAUAAGCACUUAAAGGAGGGUCUAGCCCCACCUGUUAGCAAGUCGACAAAGACUGCAGUUCAUCCUGAAAUGAUCAGCUCUGGGCCUUCGCCUUGGGUUGUUCUAGGUACUUCCUCAAGUGUCAGCUCUGAUCACAGCAGAGGCUCGCAAAUUCUGAAAAAUAAGAGUGCGGCUCAUCAUCCACAGCCUCAAAGCUCACCUGGAUCUUCUGCAGUUGAGGGAACCAGUAUUUCCAGGGACACAGGAAAAAGACCCUCUGCCUCUUCUCCUUCCCAGAAAUCCAAAGUUGAAUGGCCACGAUUCUCCCCUGCUGAUUUAGAGAAAGGCCAUCCACACAAAAGAGGAGAAACCCAUACAUGCCCUGGAAAACAGAGCAUAACUCCUGUUAAGCUAGAGGCCCAAGAGAGCAAAUCUCAUCCACAACAGCAGUCUCGCUUGGAAAAAGGAAAUUCCUCCAGUCAAAUGUAUAGUGACUCCUACCUCCCUCCUGGUUUAGGUUACACCAGCCGCUACAUCCCAUACUCAGUUGCUGAGAAUAUAUCUUUGCAACGUAUUACAAUACCAAGCAAAGGGCCUGUCUAUCCCCAUCCAGUCGUGAUUGGCAGCAGCAGCUUUUACCCACCUCGCAUGGCACCAAAACAUGGCCUUCCAUAUGGAGUACAACCAAAUCAGGGUGACUUUAUGACAUACCAGAAUUCCCGGACGAUAGCCCCUCCACCUGUUUCCUCCCACUCAGGUCUUGACCGACUCGAGACCCAGGAUAAAACCUGGACUGCUGAUCAAUACAAGAACCAGGAGAGACCAGAGGCUGACAGAUCCCACAAGGGUGACAAUGAAAGAGAGAAGACCACAAACCAAACCAUAAAGACUUCAAACAAAAGCCUCACUUCUGCCAGAGAUGAUGUAGUUUUUAUUGACCUGGUGCGUGACGAGGCAGAUGAUGAUUUGAACAAGCACAGCUCCCUCUCUAUGAUAAAGGAAGAUUCCUCCAAGCAUGGCGGCAGUGGUUGUAACCACGUCCGAGAAAAAGUACCAUUUCCGCCAAAAGCCCUCCCUCCAGGACAUGUUGUGAAUCAGAGGCUAGGCGUACUACCCCAUGCUUCCCAAUCACAGCCUCCUCAACACAACUUUUCUUCACCUCCUUCUCCUUGUGAGGAGAUCCCAGAGGAGAUCCCAGAAAAGGAAGAGCCACUUAGUCCAUUCCCAGACAUCCCAGAAGAGCAGACAUUGCGCUCUGCCCGGACGUCUCCUCAUCAGUAUUCCAGACAAUGUAAAACUGGAGCUUCUCCUAUUGCUGGGGACUUGAUAAGAAAUGUCACCACUAAUGAUAGGAAUAAUGGUGUUGAUGGGAAGAGCACUUGUAAUGAAGAUAAGUCAGAGUACUCAAUCAAUAAAAAUGCUAACACUGAGCAAAGUCCAUCCAGAACUGGCAACUCAUUCGAGUCUUUGAGCAAACAAAAUUGUUCUGGUGGCUGUAACGAUUCUAAUGUCACGGGAGCAGUGUGUACUGUCACAAGCAACUGUCACUCAGACAGUCCAGUUAGCAGCGCUAAGGGACCAGCAUGUAGAGAUCUCAGUCCCCAGGUCCCAACAUGCAGGAGUUUUAAUCCCAGGGUUCCAGCUGGAGGAGUUUCGAACACCAGAGCUCCACUGUGUGUUAACAGUGGAGAUGUUAACACUGCAAAUUUUGUCAACAGAAAUUUUGUGGGCCCAUGUUGCAUAAAUCUGGCUUCAAGGGCUCCAGUUGGUGAACCCAGAAUUUUCAGCAGUCCCACUCAUGGAAAUACCAACACUGUGACUCCUAACUGCAGAAGCAUCAAUCCCAGAUUUACAAAUUGUGAAAACCGUAGUGAUGUGCAACCAUUUUGUGGAAACAUGAAUCCCAGGGCUCCUGCAUGUGGAAACAACUGUUUUAGUUGUCCAAAUUGUGUAAAUUCAGUCUCUAAAGGCCAAUUUUUUAGAAAUAACCAGACCUGUGUUAACACCAUUCCCAGGGUUCCCACAUAUGUCAACAAAUUCACUCUGGGCCCAACCUGUCAGCAUCUUUCACCUGGCAGUCCCACCAAUGGAGCCUUUAACUUGUUACCUGCAGCUCUGGUUCGAGAACCUCCAGCUGACAAAGACCAAAAAUGUGAAGCCCUUUCCUCCAAUGAGACAGAGCCCAGGAGAGAGACGCCAAACUCCGGCCUCAUUGCUGCUAGCUCUGGAGACGAGAAGAAAGAGAUCCAGGACGGCACGGAUCCCCUGGCAGACGAAGAGGUGGGUUCGAGCUGCAGCAAGAACCGACGCUCCGGCCUCACCAAACGCAUCGCCAACUCAUCCGGCUACGUGGGCGACCAGUUUAAAUGCAUGACCACGGAGCUUUACGCAGACUCCAGCAAGCUCAGCAGAGAACAGAGAGCACUCCAGCGCGCCAUGCUGCGCUUCUCCGAGCUGGAGCUGAAGGAGAAGGAGGGAGGGAGAGAAGAGGAAGAAGAAGAAGGAAAAGAAGAAGAAAAAGAAGGGAUGACAGCAGCAGCGGCGGCGGCGGCGGUGGCAGCUGGGGAGACGGAGCUGGCAGACAGCCAGCGGGGAGACAGAGGGAGGCGAGAAGAAGACAAGGAGCAGGAGGAGGAGGGGGAGGAGGAGGGGAGGAAGAAAGAGGGAGGAGGAGGGUGGGAGGGCUGCCAGCAGAGUGAAGGGAGGCGCGGAGGAGGAGGAGGAGGAGGAGGAGGAACCCCGUCUGCAGCCGCCUCUGAGGCACCGAGAGGUCUCCAUCCAUCCUGCCCUCACAGCAGACUCCCUGUCCUCCAGGAGAAGGAUGGCACUUCAGCCGAGGAGCAGAAUAAGAGAGAGGGGGAAGAGGGAGGCCCGCAGGAGGAGAAGAAGAAAGAGGAGAGGACUUGUGUCUCGCAGCAGCAGCUCAGGUUUCUGUCCACGCCCAGAGGCCUGAUUCAGGGAAACGCCUCCACGCCGGGACUCACGGCUUCAAAUCUCAGCUUAAACCGAAGGCGCAUCUUCAGCCUGGAGCCCUUCCACCAGAGCAGCAUCGUCAGCAGCCGGCAGAAGAGAGGGAGGGAGGAGGAGAGGGAGGAAGACGGGGACGAGGAGGAGGACAGGAUGGGACACACCAACAGGAAGACCAACUUAGCCAACGACUCGGCGCCGGAUGACAUAAAGAAGCUGAAGGUUUGCAUCGAGCUGAACGGCCUCAGACUCAACAAGCCCCGCCUCCCCGGGGAGCUCAGCCACUGGCUGACCUCUGGCCACAGGUCGGUGGAUGUCGACAGGAAGUUCAGGAUGGACAUGCCAGCCUUCAGGGGGAGGUCAGAGGUCAGCGCAGGCUGGUGUGGGCGUCCGUUUGUGAAGAGCGACGACCAGAGAGUUUUCCACGUGGCUCCGCCCUCUCCGCCCGCCCAUCUCCCCCGGCAACCGUGCGGCUCCGCCCCACGGCAACCCUCCCCUGCAUCCUUCACCUCCUUCAGCUCCUCCCGCCUCCACGACAAGCAUCAGAAGCUGAAAGAGAGUCGCAGGGUCUCCACUUUCCUCCCUUCCUUACCUCCUCUUCCUCCCCCCUCCUCCUCCUCCCCCUCCUCCUCACCUGACCUCCAUCCCCUCCACUGCCACGACGAUGAGCUCAACAAGCCGCAGGGCAAGCGUCCCUGCAAGACGAAGCACACGGGAGCAGAGACGGCGAGGGAGGACGGGAGAGACGGGGGAGGAACCGACAGCGAGGAGAAGGUCUCUCUGUCUGACCGGUCUCGAUCGCCCACCCGGCGGCCUCCCUCUCCGCGGCUCACACACCCCAGCCGUCCCGUCCCGCCUGAAAUCCGCCGGCUCAUCGUGAACAAAAACGCAGGAGAGACGCUGCUGCAGCGCGCCGCCCGCCUGGGAUACGAGGAGGUGGUGCUGUACUGCCUGGAGCGGCGGAUCUGUGAAGUUAACCAUCGAGACAACGCCGGGUACUGCGCUCUGCACGAGGCCUGCGCCCGCGGCUGGCUGGGCAUCGUACGCCACCUAGUGGAGCACGGAGCUGACGUCAACUGCAGCGCUCAGGAUGGAACCAGACCGCUGCAUGACGCCGUGGAGAACGACCACAUGGAGGUCGUGCGCUUCCUGCUGGCCUGCGGCGCUGACCCCACCCUCACCUCCUACUCUGGGCGAGGACCAAUCAACAUGACCCACAGCGCUGCCAUGGAAACCUUCCUGGAGGACUAUCUGUGCGACCUCCAGGGAAGGUCGGAGGACGAUCCAGGACUCUGCUGGGAGUUUUACGGCAGCUCGGUGUGCGAGCCGUCCAGCGCGGGGGGAGUCUAUAACAUUCUUGCGGAUCCCCCAGGGCCGGACGAGGAGGAGGAGGACGAAGAGGAGGACGAGGAUGAGGAGCAGAGAGCCAGGAGAGAGGUGUUUGAGUUUGAGCUGUCCGACCGGCCGCUGCUACCCUGCUACAACAUCCAGGUGUCUCUGUCCCAGGGGCCGAGGAACUGGCUCCUCCUUUCCGACGUCCUGGGUCGACUUCGGAUGACGUCGCGGUCUUUCCGGCGACUCUUCCCACAGCUCAAUGUGCAGUCCAUCCCUGAGGACGAGUUCUACCGGCAAGCGUCCCUGUCCCAGCUCCUGACGGGUCCUGAUGAGCAGGAGCUGGCCUCCUUCAGGCCCGAUGUUAAGGACCCUUUGGAGCUGGUGGAGGCCACCCCCGAGCUGGCCGGCAUGCUCGGCUCCUCCCUGGAGUUUGUGGACACUCGCUGGGACUCUCUGGAGUCUUCGCCUCCUCCAACGCCGCCGUCACAAAGACAGCCACUAAGACCACCAUUACUGCCCCCUCAGCGUCUGCAGGGCACUGAGGCUGAUCAAAACAGGAGCACAGAGUCCGGACAAGUGCAAGGACUUAAAAAUCUAGUGAAUUCUAUUCCAGCAGCUAAAAUGGAAACCAAAAUGGAUUCUGGCAUGUGGGAACCACCACAGCCAGGAAGUAAAAACACUGGAGUUCCUGUAAAGCCAAACAGGGCAGUGAACGCUAACAUGUGGGAGCCACACAGACAACAAAGUAGGCACACCUGGAUCCCUAAUUCUGCCAAUUUGGACUCUAACGUGUGUUACCGACAACAUAUUAAGGAUACUGGGGCGGCUAAUUCUGCUACUCUGGACUCUCAAAUUGGCUCGAGCAUGUGUGAACAACAACAGCAAGGAGACAAAUCCAGUAGGACCUCUCCAGUCAAGUCCGACGCAGCGGCUGGUGCGAACAUGUGGGAACCACAGCGACUUCGAAGUCGGAUCACAGUGAAUUCUGACAAUAAAGAGGAAGCUGGCCUGUCGGAGCCACAGCGAAUACAGCAUGAGAACACAGCUGAUCCAGCAAACUCAAAUAAUACAGGGGACGCUGACGAACAUCAGGAUCCAAGGAGAAAGACUGCCGGGGUUUGGAACCCGACACACCAGCUUGCUCCAGGCAAUGACAGUGUUUGGGAUCUGCAACGUCUGAGAAGUCAGGAUGCAGGAGUCACCAGCCCCGACAAGGCAGGCGCUACGGUGGACGCUAACACGUGGGAACGCCAGGGAAUAAAGAGAGUGGGUGGCACCAGCACAGCACCCAAACGAGAAGCCAACCCCUGUGACAACCAAAGCCACGGAGCUAAGACCAUAAAGAUGGAACCCACCUGGCAAAGGAACCUCGGCAACGUCAGAGUCCACAUCAGGGAUCUUGGGAUGAAAGUGGGGGGGGGUACAAUCCAGAGAGAUGAAAAGAAAGAUCCCAGGAAGGCCACUGGGAAGGGGGGCGCCAGGGUGAAAACGAGAUUGUGACAACACAAUGUAAGCAGGGAAAAGAUAUGCUGAGACAGACUGAGAAACGUCAAUACAGAAUUCCAUAAAGAAAAUGCACGAUUUUAUACAAAAAUGAAUAUGUGUGUGUAUAUUGUAAAUGAGCGAACAUAUUCGGACUUGGACAAAGAGCAGACGUCCUCUGUAGAGAGACUGUAAAGUAAGUGUAAUGUGUGCGCUAUAUGUGUACUGUAAAUAUGUGUGAGUUUUUUAUUUAUUAGCACAGAUAUCACUGCUUUUAAAUCUGUGCUUUGUACAUUCAGUCUGGUGUAAAUACGAUGAGAUCUCUGUUGUGUGGUUCGUCGGCUGGGAGGUUGUUAACUUUGUGUGUUAUUUUGUAUUCCUGUGGGCUUUCGUCACCAAAAUAAUGUCCAAUAAACAUGAAGAAUAAGAAA